GUUGGUGCCGUGUGCAGGUGAAACGUUUAAAUAAGACGGAAGUUUCAGUAACGCAAACUUCUCUCGUGAUCAUACAGGAAGCAUCAUGUGGAAGUUCAUCUUCGUUACUUUGGUCGCUUUGGCGACUGCCCAGAAGGUGGUGGUGUACGACAACUACAAAGUGUUUCGCGUCCAACCUAAGACAGAAGAACAAUUUCAGAUUAUAAGCAGCUUGGAAGAUGUUUCUGACGGGUUCUCUUUCUGGAAAGAGCCAUAUGCCGUUCAUAGUUUCGCAGACGUGAUGGUCGCUCCACACAAGAUACCAGAUUUCCAUGAGAUUAUGUCGAAAUUCGACAUUACCUACGAUGUCUAUGUCGAUGACGUUCAAUCCUUAAUUGGCACCAAAGCACCAGAAAUUCAACUACUGGAAUUCAGCUCAACCAGCAGUCCUAAUGAGUUCAAUUUCAGCACCUAUCACAACCUCGAUGAGAUCUACAAUUACCUGGACAGCUUGGCAAAAGCUAACCCUGGCAAAGUUCAAGUACUCGUAGGUGGCAAAACCUACGAAGGUCGUCAGAUCAAAGGUGUGAAACUAUCCUUUGGUAAGAACAAACCUGGUAUCUUCUUAGAAAGUGGAAUCCACGCCAGAGAAUGGGUCACUUCGGCUACCGUUCUUUACAUCUUGAACGAGCUGGUCUAUAGCACGAAAGCUGAUGUCAGAGCACUCGCUGAGUCUCACGACUGGUACAUCUUCCCUGUCUUCAACCCUGAUGGAUUCGUAUACACCCACACGACGAACCGUUUAUGGAGAAAGACCCGCAAACCAUACGGUCUCUUUUGUUACGGAACUGACCCUAACAGGAACUGGGGAUACAAAUGGAUGGAGGGCGGUGCCAGCAAUAACCCAUGCUCUGAAACGUACGCUGGAAGCUCUGCAUUCUCCGAUGUAGAAACAAAAUCUUUGUCCGAAUUCAUUAAGUCGAUUUCUGACAAAUUCUCCUCCUACGUUGCUUUCCACAGCUACUCUCAACUUCUGAUGUUCCCUUACGGCCACACUAAAGAGCACUUGGAAAACUAUGAUGACUCUCUUGAAAUCGGCAAGAAGACAAUCGAUGCUCUCUCAGUACGGUAUCACACUCAAUACCAAACUGGAAAUAUCGCUGAAACCAUUUAUGUCGCAACUGGAAGCUCAAUGGACUGGGUAAAGGGAACUUUCCACAAACCCAUCACUUACACUUACGAAUUACGAGACACUGGUCGUUACGGUUUCCUGCUGCCAGCUAAUCAAAUUGUUCCCACCGCUCUUGAAACUCUGGACUCCUUGGUCGCCAUGUUCAAGGCAGCUAAAGCUAAAGGAUACAAAUAAACGCGAUUAUGUUAAUAAGCAUACGAAUUAAAAUAGGACUAAAACGUCGCACUUUCGUCGAUGUAUACAAUAAACCGAAACAAUA